AUGUUGAAACGAAGACCAGGAGGAGCAGAUGCCAAUGCAUUGGCCAAUGCUCCAGCGAACAGUGAGGUAAAACCUAAAGAACCUGGGGUUCAACAAGCAGAAAAAUCGACCAAAGUUGAAGCUCCAGUGUCGACCUAUCGAACUGUCAUCAAAGCACUCGAUUUGGAAACUGACAAACGUAGGGUAGGGUUGUUUGAUCAAUUUUUUGGUUUUUAGGUUUAGAAUGAAGGUAUAGAAAGAAGGUGUAGAAUGAACGUGUAAAAGAAAGGUAUAGAAAGAAGGUCUAAAGCGAACUGAUUUUGAAGUUUUGAUGAUAUUUUUAAAGAGAAUUGAAAGAUUUUUUGGACGAAACAGGUGUUUAUCAUGCUGAUGACAAAGAAAAUUAUAAAAUAUAUUUUCAGAGUAGAUUUGGAGGUCUCUUGGUCGAUAAAAACAGUCGCAAUCCCGAAGAUGAUCCCGAGUAUAUAUGUUGUCAUAAUCUUAAAGUACAUGUAAGUCUGAUUACUAACAGCUGAGAGGGGUUGCCAGAAGAGAGAAGGUCUUUAGGGAGAUGGGGCCAUUUCUCUCUCAUCCCUUGUUUUAAACCAAAAUGACCCGCCAGGUACUGUUUAUACCUUUAUUGUAUCAUUAUAUAUCAUUUAACUUUACGAUUCCAGUUCGUCGUACUAAUCAUGGCUGUGUUCUUCGCUGUGACUGCCUUUGGGGGUGGAAUCGAACGAAUCUACACGUUUUGUGUACAAAAGAAAACACCCAACUCAGGAUACCAAAUUCUUGUGUUCGCUUCAAUGUUGUUUUUGAUUUCGGUUGCCAAUGGAGUACUAUUUGUGGGGAAUCGGUUGAGAAUGAAGACGUUGUACUAUGUUUAUUUUGGGCUACUUGUAGGUUUUUUUGAUAUAUCAGUGAUUUUUGGUCUACUUUUUGAUGUUUUUGGUAUAACUUUAUGUUUUUGUACAUUUUUUUUAGUUUUGGUUUUCUGCUUUUUGUCUUUCUGGUCCUUUUGGUACGCUUUUUUUUACUUUUGGUUCUUUUGGUACGCUUUGUUUACCUUACGGCUUGUUGGUACGCUUUUUGUUUAGUCAAUAAUUUUUUGGUACAAUUUUACUCUCUUAGUACCAAAAGCACCGAAAAGAUCAUUUUUUUGCGUUUUUGGCACUAAUUUUACAAAUUUAAAUUAAAUUUUUUUAAAACAUUGUUUCAGGUCUCGAGCUUACUGGUCAUAAUGUAUUACCUAGUAGAACAUAUGCAACAUACUGUCCACGUCCUACUACUAGAUCCACGAGAAAUUGGCACCGAAAAGCAGAUCUGGAAAGCCUACAAAUGGGCAUUACCACGACUAGUGAAGGCCGGUUUCACAAUAAUGAUGGUCAUAUUCCAUGUGAUGAUCACCUUCUACGUUUAUCGCGAUUAUUGCUUUGUCCUCGCUUAUCCGCGAAGGUUUCAGUUCAAAAAGAACAAUAAAUAUUAG